GUUGGUUACUGCCGAAUCCGUUUCGGCGAGGGCACGCCGGUAACCAAUUGGGAGAGGGGAUGGGCAAGCCGGCGCCGCCGAGGAGCCAAUGGCAGGCGGCAGAGGAUGACGCUGCGGACAUGCUCUUGUCGUCGGACAGGAUGGGGACGUGUCUGGCUGCUCGGUAACCUCGGUCGGUGCCCAGGAAGCGAAGCAGCUGCCUCACUAGUAUUCGUACCACGAGGCGACGCAGCGGGCCCUCGGAAAGAGCGAGCGUCUGGGCCAUGGCUUAUCACUCGGGCUACGGAGCCCACGGCUCCAAGCACAGGGCCCGGGCAGCUCCAGAUCCCCCUCCCCUCUUCGAUGACACAAGCGGUGGUUACUCCAGCCAGCCGGGGGGAUACCCAGCCCCAGGAGCCGACGUGGCCUUCAAUGUCAACCACUUGAUUGGGGACCCAAUGGCCAACAUGGCUAUGACCUAUGGCAGCUCCAUCGCAUCCCAUGGGAAGGACAUGGUGCACAAGGAGCUGCACCGUUUUGUGUCUGUGAACAAACUCAAGUAUUUUUUCGCUGUGGACACAGCCUAUGUGGCCAAGAAGCUAGGGCUACUGGUCUUCCCCUACACACACCAGAACUGGGAAGUGCAGUACAGUCGUGAUGUGCCUUUGCCCCCGCGGCAAGACCUCAACGCCCCCGACCUCUAUAUCCCCACAAUGGCCUUCAUCACCUACGUGCUGCUGGCUGGGAUGGCACUGGGCAUUCAGAAAAGGUUCUCCCCAGAGGUGCUGGGCCUGUGUGCAAGCACGGCGCUGGUGUGGGUUGUGAUGGAGGUGCUAGCUCUGCUCCUGGGCGUCUACCUGGCCACCGUGCGCAGCGACCUGAGCACCUUCCACCUGCUGGCCUACAGCGGCUACAAAUACGUGGGGAUGAUCCUCAGUGUUCUCACGGGCCUGCUGUUCGGCAGCGAUGGCUACUACGUGGCGCUGGCCUGGACUUCAUCCGCGCUCAUGUACUUCAUCCUUCAGCUCUCCUUUAUUCCAGGUGCGCUCUUUGCGAACAGCAGCCCUGGGCCCCGACAGCAUGGGGGUCCCGGCUCCCCGGCAACAUCUCCAGCUCUACCUGACUCUGGGAGCUGCAGCCUUUCAGCCCCUCGUGAUAUACUGGCUGACCUUCCACCUGGUCCGGUGACCCCCGGUCCCCACUGACACUGAUUUUUCCAUACAUUGAAGAUUUGGUUUCCUUGA